AUGUGUACUGCUGUUAAUAGCUGUUCUCCACUCAUCCAUCUGCGUCUUAAAAAUGGUGGUUCAGACGACCCCAAUCUGGAUGACUUGAAUGAUGAUGAGCAAAAUGAAUUAUAUGACCUCAGUCGCAUCGCAAUAUUACCACUCGAUGUUGGCAGUUCAAACAUCGGAGAUGCCUCUGUAGAAUGGACUACAACUCUCCCACCUGGCGAAUUAUGUGAUGCAGUUUGCUUAGUUACUGAAGAGGGUAAUGAUAAAACUGAAAGUCCUGGUUAUGCUGUUGUCGCUACCUCAAAGUGCCUGCUGCGCAUUUUUACCCAACCUUCCCCAUCUUCAUCCGUGGCACAUUCGAGUAAUUUACGUCUGCUUCAGAUAAAUAAGCUAGGUUUGCCACCCAUUAGUCUCUCUGGUCACCACACUGUUGUCUUAGCAAGUCAUCCUAAUAAUCCUAUUUUGGCUGUGGAAAAUUAUCUUCAGUGUGUAAUAAGUGAAGACUGGCCUAUCUGGGGUCCGAAUAUCACUGAUGCAAAUGAAGAUAUAUUGUCACAUUUGUUAUCAUUAAAUACAAAAUCGCUGACCAAGCGCAAGGCAGUUCUGUUACGUCUUUUCGCUCUGGCAGCAAAACUCGAAUCUGACUGGGCUAGCCUCGCAAUCGCUAAUAUGAUGCCAGAUGCAGCAACUGUUCAGCUUGCUAUUAGAUACGCUGGUCGGCUGAGGCGUCAAAACCUUGCACAUCGUUUAGCAGGAGUUGCUUUAGAAAAAGAACGUCGUGUAUCAGAAACUGUUGAAGUUGAUGAUUGGGAUGAUAUACCACAGAGUUCAACAUUUAGAGGGAAGUGUAAUAGAGAUCCUACUACGUUCUCAGGUUAUUCUCCGUCGAACAACCAUAUUCAUUCUCAUUCAAAGACUUCAAGACCUACAAAUGGUUCAAAUUAUCAUGAUGUGGCAGAUAGUUCACUUGUUAGUUCAGGAACUGAUGAUGGCCAUAUUGAUGGUUCGAUUAAUAAUCUACCUCUAGCAGAUUCCGAGUCUUUGUCUCAUUCUGUGUUGACUCCCUCUUCACGAAAUCCAUUCAAAUCUUCUCAUGAACCGAAAGAAUUUGCACCCCGUUCGAUCGCUCAUGGAACUGAACUCUUAGAUGCUUGGACACCUAAGACGACUGCUACAAACACCAAAGUUUCUCAGAAGCCUGAUGUCAACAAAACUCAGAACAACAAAAAGCGUUCACUCUCUUCAUCACAACGAUCUAAAUUACCGAAAAUGAAAUCUGUUGCUAUAGCAGACGCUGAUCAAGAAUUCACUGAUUGGUUUGAAGAAAAUCGAGAUACUUUGGAGGAAAGUUAUCCAGAAGUUUCAGUUGAGGAGCUUGUUCGCAUAGGACAGUCUGAAUACCGUUCUAUAAAAAGUUCAAAAGACGGUGUUUUUGAUGGAAAAGAAAAGGAAAACGUACUACAAAGUAAUACCAAACGUCCAUUAAGUGAAAAUGAUGAUUUAAUUCAGUGUAAUUCCAAUACUACAAAGAGAAGACUAUCUGAAUUUGAGAAUAAUGUAUCUAAGAGAAUGUCGUCAUUCGCAUUCUCUCAGAAUUCUUCAAAAUAA